AUGGCAAGAGAGAAUACCAAGGACUUCCUUUUGAGAGCACUGGAGGACCUUACACUGGAUAUGUUUGAGAAGUUUAAGUAUAAAUUAUCAUAUAUUGAUUAUGAUGAGAUAGCAAAUCUCUCCAAGUAUUUGCUCAAGAAAGCCAAUGAUCCAGUUAGACUUGCAGACUACAUGUGUGACCAUUAUGGAGCCGAUCUUGCUGUGGAUGUAACUAUCCAUGUGCUUGAACGGAUCAGCCAAAGAGACACUGCAGCUAAACUCAAACAGGAGAAACAAAAAGCUCUGAGGCCCAGUCCACCCCCUGAUUCAUUAGUCCAAGAUUACAAGAUGAAGUACAGAGAACAUGUACAAAAAAAUUACUACUGGAUAAAAGACAUGAAUGCUCGUAUUGGUGAGACAGUGACUCUGAACUCCAGAUAUACAAGGCUGGUUCUUGUUAGUGGACAUCGCCAUGAGAAAAAGAAAGAACAUGAAAUCAUGGCUGUGGGACGCAGACAUGAAGAUAUCAUGCAGGAACAAGUGAAUUCUUCCAUUGCUAUAAGUGAUCUUUUUAAACCUGACAGGGAUAGACAGACACCAAUGACUGUUGUGAUAUUGGGAGCUGCAGGAAUUGGGAAGACAAUGACAGUAAGAAAGAUCAUACUGGACUGGGCAUCAGAAGGACUCUAUGGACAUUUUGACUAUGUUUUCUACAUACAUUGUCGGGAGGGUAAUCUUACAGCUCAGGGGAGUAUGGCUGACAUGAUCUCCAAAUGCUGUCCCAGUGAUAAUCCACCUCUUGUAGAGAUCUUGAGGAGACCAGAAAAACUCCUGUUUGUCAUCGAUGGCUUUGAUGAACUGAGGUUUUCUUUGGACAGGCCACAAAAUGACAUGUGUUCUGAUCCCUGGGAGAUGAAGCCAGUGGAAAUCAUCCUGAGCAGUUUACUUAAGAAAAUCCUUCUCCCUGAAUGCUCCCUGUUGAUCACAACAAGACCAGCUGUCCUGCAGAAGCUGGAAAAGUGCUUCAUAUGCGAACGCUUUGCUGAAAUACUGGGAUUUUCUGCAGCUGAUAGGGAGGAAUAUUUCCACAAAUUUUUUGAAAAUAAGGAAGUGGGAAGGAAGGUCUUUCAGUUUGUUAAAGGAAAUGAAAUGGUCUUCACCAUGUGCCUUGUCCCUAUCAUGUGCUGGAUUGUCUGCACUGUUAUGAAGCAACAGAUUGAAAGAGGUGAAGAUCUUGCACAAACUGCCAAGACAACUACAGGAAUAUACAUCCUUUAUGUUUCCAGCUUACUAAAAUCUCUGAGCUUCAAGUUGAAACAGAACUUUCACAUUAUCCUGAAAAGACUUUGUUGCCUGGCUGCUGAUGGGAUCUGGAAGCAGAAAGUCCUCUUUGAGGAGGAGGAGAUAAAUGAAUUCUUGUUAAGUCAGAGAGACACUCUCCCACUUUUUUUGAAUGAGAGCACUUUUCAGAAGGGCAUUGUCUGUGGGAGUGCCUACAGUUUCAUUCACCUGAGUGUCCAAGAGUUUUUUGCAUCUCUAUUCUAUGUAUUAGAAGAUGACGCUGAAACAGGACAUAAGCAAGAAGAUCCUAAAAGGGAUGUGAAAAACCUGUUAGAAAACUAUGGAAACUCAAGACCUGAUUUCAUGUUAACUGUGCGGUUCCUAUUUGGUCUCUUGAAUGAGCAACAAAGAAAUGCUUUGCAAGAAGAAACAGGGUGCAAAAUUUCUCCUGAAAUUAAGGAAGAAUUACUAAUGUGGCUUCAAACGAGCCAAAAAACAGCUUUAGCUGUUCAUGCAGAGAAAAGAGCAGUGAUUCAUGAUUUGGAGGCUUGCCACUGUUUGUAUGAAAUCCAAGAUGACAGUUUUGUGAAAACUGCAUUGGGUUAUUUCACUGGAAUAUAUCUGCGACACAUGAAUUUCACCCAAUUAGAUCAAAUAGUUCUUUCAUUUUGUAUAAGAAAGUGGCCUAAACUGGAGUCACUUGACAUGGGCUAUUGCUCCUUCACCUCAGAAGACCAUGAAGAAUGUUUAAACAAACAGCUAGCAAAGCUGUCACAUCU